AUGCGCGCGGAAACGAAAGCAAAGACCGGCGUCGCACAUCGAGGCGCCGAAGCUUGGCCACGAACCGAGGGAGCUCUCUCCGCUGAGCGUUUUGCCGCCCGAAAUCCGACAGGAGAUCCUGCUCGACGUGUUGGGAGCCAACAACGUCGCCUUCGCCGUCUACAACAGCACGUGCCUCGCCAGAUACGGACCGGUCUGGCCGCUGGACGGCUGGAGCGACGCGCAGAAACGGGACGCACGCAGGCAGGUGCUGAGGAAGCAGAUGCGGGAGUGCGGAUUCAUGAGAGCACAGGUGCGAGACUGGGACCUCGUCGACGAGCUGUUCCCGGGCGACCUGGACGCCGUCUUGGAUUUUUGCUGGGCGCGCCUGAUCCGGGACGCGGUCGAGAAGGGAAUGGUGGUGGUCUUGGACCGCAGCGAGCACUCGGCCCAAUGCCAUGCGAGAUGCCAGUGCCGGCAACACCCACCAGGCACUUGUUCGGCGUGCAGGCCGUGGACACGCUCGAAGAGCUCAUGGGAACCUCUCGAGUUGAAGCGAUUGUGGCCGCUGGGCAAGACGCAGCGUUCUAUAGGGAAGGUUUUGUACGCCUAGGAAACCAUGUUUGUUACAAGUCGAUGCUUGAAAAUAUGGAUGGGAGAGAUAAGCCAAAGGCCAAACAGCUGCAACAUGACCGGCAACAAACCCCAGGCGCCCCACGAAACGAUGUUCCCCCUUCUUUCAAACAGCAGUAG